GCUCCCUGGGCGCGGCCGUUCCCGGGGAGCCCCCCGACUGCCUCUCAGAGCAGGGUGGGGAAGGGGAUCCUAGCCCGCCGCCGCCUCCGAGCAGGCCGCCAGGACUCUGGCGGCCGGAGAUGGGCGCCCGGCUUUCGCGGCGGCGGCUGCCCGCGGACCCGCCCAUAGCCUUGGACGCGCUGCCGCCGGAGCUGCUCGUGGAGGUGCUGAGCCACGUGCCACCGCGAGCGUUAGUGACGCGCUGCCGCCCAGUGUGCCGCGCCUGGCGCGACGUGGUGGACGGGCCCACCGUGUGGCUGCUGCAGCUUGCCCGCGACCGCAGCGCGGAGGGCCGCGCUCUCUACGCGGUGGCCCAGCGCUGCCCGCCCAACAGCGAGGACGAGGAAGAGUUCCCGCUCUGCGCCCUGGCGCGCUACUGCCUGAGAGCGCCCCUCGGCCGCAACCUCAUCUUCAACUCCUGCGGAGAGCAGGGCUUCAGAGGCUGGGAGGUGGAGCACGGCGGGAAUGGCUGGGCUGUGGAAAAGAACCUAAUACUGGUGCCGGGCGCUCCUUCCCAGACCUGCUUCGUGACUUCUUUCGAAUCUUUAAUCCACCUUGAAUGUGAUGUUCGCUUCCCAUUGGCUGACCCAACAGGAAGUAGAGGAUGGUGCUUCAAGAGGCAGCUUGUGGACUUGGUGAUGGAGGGUGUGUGGCAGGAGCUGCUCGACAGCUCCCAGAUCGAGAUCUGUGUGGCCGACUGGUGGGGUGCCCGGGAGAACUGCGGCUGCAUCUACCGGCUCCGGGUCCGCCUCCUGGACAUGUACGAAAACGAAGUGGUCAAGUUCUCGGCAUCACCCAACCCGGUCCUUCAGUGGACUGAAAGAGGCUGCCGACAGCGUCACAGUCUAGACUCAGCUUCGCCAGGAUACGAUCUUUUGGCUGCUUUCUUCACGGCUAUAUCCCCAGCGCCUGGAGCAGGGCCAGGUCUCCCACGUCUUUACCAACUUUGGCAAGGGCAUCCGCUAUGUGUCUUUUGAGCAGUAUGGAAGAGACACGCGUUCCUGGGUGGGGCACUAUGGUGCCCUCGUGACCCACUCCAGCGUGAGGGUCAGGAUCCGCCUGUCCUAGCUAACCAGCCUGAUCCAGCCUUCCGGGACAGACUGCCAUCUGCCAGACACCAUCGUCGAUCAAGGUCGGCUCUGCAGCCACGAGCCGGAGGAUGCCCGAGGACAGUGGGGGUCCCGUGUAGCCUGUUCCCGGAAUGUUUCCAAUGAACCCCACUUGCUGCUGCUUCAGCGUGGUGGCCCCCAUGCUAUUCGAGAAACCAGGGAUCCAACCAGGCUGGUCACUUGCUUCCCCAGCUUCCCAGGGGGAGUGUCAGAGAGUAACUCAGAGACCUGUACGUUACUUGCAAAUUUUUUUCUCACAUGUGUGGAUAUCAGUUGACAGACUGAGUCAGAAAACAAAGGCCAAACCAGGAUUUCAGACAGAGGAAAGCUGCGGGCAAUCGUGGACAGGACUCUUCUCAGCAUGCUUUGGGGGCAAGGUGAUUGCUGGCAGGGAGCAGAGGUCCUUGAGGGGACCAGCAGCAGCCUCAAAGUGAACUCUUCCUGUUGUUGUGGGGAGUCUCUGGGAUUUGGCAGCGGGGCCCGUGCAACCUCCUCCAGCACCACGCCCAUCAGCACCUCCCCUCUGGGCCAGGUGCCAUUUCUUUCAGAAUUUCUGAGGCCAGUUCUGUGCUGACCCCCAAACUGUAUCCUCCAGCCCCACCUCCUGCCCCUGCCUCGGGGGCAGCUCGCCUCCUGUCAGGCGACAGCCUCCUUUUCUCCACACUUGAGCCCACUUGGAGAUGGACCCCAGGAGCAAGGCAUGCUGUGAAGGAAAGCUCUCCUUUCCCCAACUGAGCGCAGCCAACAAGCUCGCUCAAUAAAAUCGGUGCUAAGCAUGA